UUGUCGUCUCUUAAUUUUACGAAUUCAAUUACACAUACUAUUAUUGCACUGACUAUUCCGCGAAAACGUCCGAAUGUGUAAUUGGAUUUAUCCUGUUAAAUCAUGUCGCAAUUAAAGAAACCAAAAUUUUGGAAACCAGGGGAUGCUGCACCUGGGUCAGGCCUGGAGGAGGAGAGAGGGUCAGGCAGAGAGAGGGAAGCAACCACCAUUGUCUACAACCCACACAAGUCCUUGUCCAUAGAGCAACAGAGGCAAAAGUUACCCAUCUUUCAUGUGAGGAACCACAUUCUGUAUCUGGUGGAGAAAUACCAGACAGUUGUAAUAGUGGGCUCAACAGGAUGUGGGAAAAGCACCCAGAUCCCCCAGUACCUGUUGGAGGCUGGCUGGGGUGCGGAGGGACAUGUGAUCGGAAUCACGCAACCACGCCGUGUUGCAGCUGUCACGGUGGGGAGUCGUAUAGCAGAGGAGCGAGGUGUCUUGCUGGGCAGCGAGGUCGGGUACCUCAUCCGGUUUGAUGACUGCACUGACCCAGCUGAAACCAGAGUUAAAUGUAUGACAGAUGGAAUGCUGAUCAGGGAAAUAAUGCAGGACCCACUGCUGACAAAAUACAGUGUGUUGAUGCUUGACGAAGCCCAUGAGAGGUCGCUGUACACGGACAUCAUCCUGGGACUGGUACGAAAGAUUCAGAUGAAGCGAAGUGAUCUGCGAGUAAUAGUGGCCUCAGCGACCUUGGAUGCAGAGGAGAUCAAAGAUUUCUUCAACAGAAACGAUUCAGAAGAUCCAAGCAAGGACACAGCUGCAAUCUUAAGUAUCGAGGGUCGUGCAUAUCCAGUUGAUAUUCACUACACGUUAGACCCCGUACCAGAUUACAUCAAGGCUACUGUGGAGACGAUCUGUAAGAUCCAUCGUCAUGAGAAACCUGGAGAUGUGCUGGCAUUUCUCACUGGAAUGGAUGAAGUAAAUAAAGUCACUUCAAUGUUGAUAGAGGAAGCAAAGCAGCUUUUGAAGGACAAGGACGCCAUGAGGAUGAAGAUUGUCCCGAUGCACGGCAGUCUGCCAGCCUCUGAGCAGAUGAAAGUGUUUGAAAGAACUCCUAAAAACUGCCGUAAAAUUGUCGUUGCUACUAACAUCGCUGAGACCUCAAUCACAAUAAAUGGCAUUGUUUACAUUGUUGACUGUGGAUUUGUGAAGAUUAAAACUUACCAUCCUCAAACUGGAAUUGAAUCCCUUGUGGUGGUGCCAGUGUCCCAAGCCUCAGCCAAUCAGAGAGCAGGAAGGGCGGGGCGUGUGAGGUCCGGCAAGGCAUACCGUCUCUACACGGAGGCUGAUUAUGAGAAGCUGUCAGCAAACACAAUUCCCGAGAUGUCGAGGUCUGACCUGGCUCCGGUCAUCCUGCAGUUGAAGGCUCUGGGUAUAGCCAAUGUUCUGCGCUUUCAUUUCCUCUCGGCCCCUCCAGCUCAGAACAUGGUUCGGGGACUUGAACUUCUCUAUGCCUUGGGAGCCCUUGAUGACGUUGGUAACCUCACAUCUCCCAUCGGACUAAGAAUGGCAGAGUUCCCAUUGACGCCAAUGUUUGCAAAGAUGUUACUCGUCUCAGGUGAGUUUGGGUGUUCAGAGGAAGCUGUCACCGUGGCGGCCAUGUCCCAGAUUCAGAACGUGUUUGUCUCGCCCUCUGGUCAGAAACACACAGCAGAUCGCUUGAGAAAGAGGUUUGCAGUUGAAGAAGGUGACCAUGUUUCCCUUGUGAACACAUAUAGGGCAUAUGUCAAGUACGGUUCGUCAAAGGCCUGGUGUCACCAGAAUCUACUCAACUACAAGGGGCUGCUAAGGGCCACAGAAAUCAGGGGCCAGCUGACAAGGUUACUGAAGCGCUUCAACAUUCCCAUGAUAUCCUGUGGGGGUAAGUACUUUGGCCAGGACGGCAAGCCUGUUGGUUCAAGUGGGCAGGUAGGCAAGCCUGUUGGUCCAAGUGGGCAGGUAGGCAAACUCGGUUCAAGUGGGCAGGUAGGCAUGCCUGUUGGUCCUAGUGGGCAGGUAGGCAUGUCUGUUGGUCCAAGUGGGCAGGUAGGCAUGCCGGUUGGUCCAAGUGGGCAGGUAGGCAUGCCGGUUGGUCCAAGUGGGCAGUUAGGCAUGCUUGUUGGACCAAGUGGGCAGGUAGGCAAACCUGUUGGUUCAAGUGGGCAGGUAGGCAUGCCAGUUGGUCCAAGUGGGCAGGUAGGCAUGCCGGUUGGUCCAAGUGGGCAGAUAGGCAUGCAGGUUGGUCCAAGUGGGCAGGUAGGCAUGCCGGUUGGUCCAAGUGGGCAGGUAGGCAUGCCUGUUGGUCCAAGUGGGCAGGUAGGCAUGCAGGUUGGUCCAGUGGGCAGUUAG